AUGGCCGCCCUGAACAGAUUCCUCUCGCGUUCCGCGGUCCGGGGGCUGCCCUUCUUCCGCAUCCUAAAAGCGCCUAAAGAUUUCCAAUGGACGGAGGAGUGCCAGAAAGCUUUCGUCGACCUGAAGGCCUAUUUGGCCGAGCUACCGGCUCUGACAGCCCCGGAGCAGGGGGAGACCCUGUUCCUGUACCUGUCCGCCUGCAACGAGGCCGUUAGCGCUGUCUUGGGGCUAGAGACGCGAUACACGCCGGCUGAAAAGUUGGUCCUUGCCUUGGUACACGCCGCUCGCAAGUUCCGCCCUUACUUUCAGGCCCACAGUAUCAUAGUCCUGACCGACCAGCCCUUGCGUCAGAUACUCACCAAGCCCGAGGUCUCGGGCAGGAUGACCAAAUGGGCUGUCGAGCUGGCCGAGUACGACAUUGGCUAUAAGCCCCGCACCGCGAUCAAGGCUCAGGCCUUGGCAGACUUCCUGGCUGAGGGCACCAGCCUGACCCUGGCCGAGACUAACCCUUCGCCGAUAGACGCGCCGCCGGAGGAGCCAUGGGUGUUGUUCGUAGAUGGAGCGUCGAGCAAAGAAGGGAGCGGAACUGGCCUGCUACUCAUCUCGCCCACAGGGGAGGAGCUAACCUACGCCCUCAGGUUUGACUUCCCGGCGUCCAACAACGAGGCGGAGUAUGAGGCCCUGUUGACAGGAUUGCGGAUAGCCCACCAGAUGGGCAUCACCGCAAUCCGGGUUCGGAGCGACUCGCAGCUCGUCGUCCUCCAAGUCCUCGGGGAGUACGAGGCCAAGGAGGAGGUCAUGAAGAAGUACCUGGCUAAGGUACGAGAGGCAGUGGCCCCGUUCGAGACUUUUGAAAUCGAGCGGGUGCCAAGGUCCCAGAACAAGCGCGCAGACGCCCUGUCAAAGCUGGCGUCCUACUUGUUCGCCCACCUAAGUAAUGAGGUCUUGGUAGAGGUGAUCAGGCACAAAAGUAUUAACCAAGUUCAGGUCUUGGCCAUAGACGGCUCGGCCACAUGGAUGACCCCUCCGGUGGACUUCCUUAGCUCGGGAGUCCUUCCCAGGGACAAAACGGAGGCCCGCCGACUCCAGCUCCGAGCUUCCGGGUACGCCUACGCCGGGGGAACCCUCUACAGGAGGUCGUAUCUGUCCCCCUGGCUAAAGUGCGUGACUUCGGAGGAAGGCGACUACGUCCUCCGUGAAAUCUGUAACGACCCCACCUCUCCCUAA